CGGCUACAAAAAGGAUGGACUUCACUGGUAUACACAUUCUUCAAGCCAACACCCAGUAUUGAAUACACUGAUGGGAGACGCUCACAUGUAUUCAAAUGCCUAGGAAAGGGCUGUAAACAGCGCAUUCAACGCUACCUUGACAAGGGAGACAUGAAAUCAACAAGUAACAUGGUUGAGCAUGUUAAGAGUUGUUGGGGCAAGACUGCAUAUGAAGCUGCACAGGAGGCUAAGACAACUGCAUCAGCACGCUGCACUCAUGGCCUGCACUUUAAGUCUUACGGACUCUCAUGGUUUGAGAGAAGAGGUAAAGGCAAAGUAAUGUACUUGCAUAGGCAACACACAAAAUCCAAGACAAAGGCUGAGAUUGUUCAAUGGGUAUCAGAAAGUCUUCACCCAUUCAAAGUUGUUAAUGAUCAAGCUUUUAAGUCCUUAAUGAAGACAGGAUGGCCAGAGUACUAUAUACCUUCAUCAUUCACCGUGUUGCAUGAUGUUAAGCUCAUUUUUGCAAACAUCAGGAAACAGAUUGCACAGAUGUUGCAGAAGUAUGACGGUGUGAUGACAAGAUAUGGCUGGGCUGUAGGUAAAAGCACCAAAUCAAAAUAUAUGAGUCUCCUGCUCUCCUAG